CCGCCGUGCUAGAAUAGCAGGCCGGCUGCUCGUCUCUUCUGUGCAGCAGAACCUGCUCCUCAGUCGUACCUGUCUGCAGUCUCUGGUCAUCUCCUGUACUAUGUCCGCAGUCUCUGGUCAUCUCCUGUACUAUGUCCGCAGUCUCAUCUUCUGGUCUCUGGUCAUCUGCUGUACUAUGUCUGCAGUCUCUGGUCAUUUCCUGUAGGAUGUCCGCAGUCUCUGGUCAUCUCCAGUACUAUGUCCGCAGUCUCUGGUCAUCUCCUGUACUAUGUCCGCAGUCUCUGGUCAUCUCCUGUACUAUGUCCGCAGUCUCUGUCAUCUCCUGUACUAUGUCCGCAGUCUCUGGUCAUCUCCUGUACUAUUUCCGCAGUCUCUGGUCAUUUCCUGUACUGUGUCCGCAGUCUCUGGUCAUCUCCUGUAUAUGUCCGCAGUCUCUGGUCAUCUCCUGUACUAUGUCCGCAGUCUCUGGUCAUCUCCUGUACUAUGUCCGCAGUCUCUGGUCAUCUCCAGUACUAUGUCCGCAGUCUCUGGUCAUCUUCUGUACUAUGUCCGCAGUCUCUGGUCAUCUCCUGUACUAUGUCCGCAGUCUCUGGUCAUUUCCUGUACUGUGUCCGCAGUCUCUGGUCAUCUCCUGUAGUAUGUCCGCAGUC